GCCGCGCCAGAACAAUUGCCAAUUCGCCAUUCCCCGAUAAGGGAAAAUUCUAUAACACUGUUAUCUCCCUAGCCUCUGUCUCUCCGAACCCUAGCUAAAUCCCAUCACAAAAUUAGGGUUAGCCUCAAAACUCCAUCAGAAUGGCAUCUGUAUCAAGCCAGCCACAGUUCAGAUACACCCAACCCCCGUCAAAAGUGCUCCAUUUAAGAAACUUGCCAUGGGAGUGCACAGAGGAAGAGUUGAUCGAACUUGGGAAGCCGUUUGGUAAAGUUGUGAACACAAAGUGCAAUGUUGGAGCAAACCGUAAUCAAGCUUUCAUUGAGUUUGCUGACUUGAAUCAAGCUAUUAAUAUGAUAUCGUAUUAUGCUUCAUCUUCGGAGCCAGCUCAAGUACGGGGAAAGACUGUCUAUCUGCAAUACUCUAAUAGGCAAGAAAUUGUAAACAACAAAACAGCUGCUGAUGUUGCUGGAAAUGUACUCCUGGUGACAAUUGAGGGUGAUGAUGCACGCCAAGUGAGCAUUGAUGUCUUACAUCUGGUAUUUUCAGCUUUUGGAUUCGUGCAUAAGAUUACUACUUUUGAGAAGACAGCUGGGUUUCAGGCACUGGUGCAGUUUUCUGACACAGACACAGCCUCCUCUGCAAAAAAUGCACUGGAUGGACGAAGCAUCCCUAGGUAUCUGCUUCCUGAGCAUAUGGGUCCGUGUGCGCUUAGGAUCACAUAUUCUGCUCACACUGAUUUGAGUGUGAAAUUUCAGAGCCACCGAAGCAGGGACUAUACAAACCCCUACCUUCCUGUUGCACCAUCGGCUAUAGAUGGAAAUGGUCAGUUGAGUUUGAGUCUCGAUGGGAAAAAGUUAGAACCAGAGAGUAAUGUUCUUCUUGCAUCUAUUGAGAACAUGCAAUAUGCUGUUACCUUGGAUGUUCUACACAUGGUCUUUUCUGCUUUUGGUCCAGUUCAAAAGAUUGCAAUGUUUGAUAAGAAUGGUGGACUUCAGGCUUUGGUUCAGUACCCUGAUGUUCAGAUGGCUGUUGUUGCCAAAGAAGCCUUGGAAGGGCAUUGCAUUUAUGAUGGGGGGUUUUGUAAGCUUCACAUCUCAUAUUCUCGCCAUACUGAUCUCAGCAUAAAGGUAAUUCAGCAAUGUCCUCAAGAUGAGUUUAUUUUGCAUUUGCCACAAUUUUUAUUGACUAUGGCAGUUUAGUUAUAUGGUAUGUGAUUGCUUUUUAACAAAUGCACACAUGUGCAAUACAUGUGAACUCAUACAUAUAUAGGAUCAAAGAAAAUUGUCAGUGAAGU